UCUCCCAACGACUGCGUUAAUUUUCUCUUCGCGUAUGUACAAUCUCUCUCCCACGCGUUCCCACGUUUCCGUAUGGGCGUCGCGAACCUGCACACACGCGGCGACCCAACAUUGAAAAAAAAAAAAAAAAAGAAAAAAAGAAGAAAAACCAUCCAAAGUUGGCGAUCGACAACCCGAUCGAGUGACAGCAGUCGGGAGUUGUCGCAAGGCGGUACACAGUAAAAGUGAUUGCCGGUGUGUCAGCAGCAAUAAAUAAUAAUAAUAAUAACAAUAAUAAAAAUACACAAUCGUGUGCAAAAGAGCCGCGACAACCAAACCGGGGAAGCAGUCGAUAAAGGUUGCUGCCGCCGUUGUAAGUAGCAAUGGCGGCCUCGGCUGCUGCUGCCUCCUCUCAGAGAUCGUACAGCAACAGCAGCAGCAGCAGCAGCAGAGAAGAUACGACAUUGGCAACGGUGCAGGCGGAACGAUACGGAGUCGAGCAGCUACGUCGUGCCCGUCGUCGCCGGCGCCGCCAACGCUGCUCCUCCUCGGUCGCGUCCACUAGGUGCUAGGGGGCAACACAUACCCUCCAGCUGAGCGGACCGGGCGAGCCGAUGAUACUGCUCCUCCUUGGACCCGCUGACACUAUAACUGUUUAUCGACCCGGCCCUGAACUAGGCGGCAUCAGGGAUGAGGGUCGCUCGAUGGCAGACCGCCCUUUGCAUGAACCUGGCUGUCCUGCUGGUUUUGGUGGCGACGAGCGGUUCGCUGCCCGACGGCUCUCCCAACCGCGACAACAAAAACGCCACGAGCAGCGGUGGGGGCGAAAUACCGUCGUGCCCCGACAAUUGCAAGUGCGACGACACGUGGCUGCAAUGCUCGGACCGGGUUCUCGGGACGUUGCGCCUCGGGCCGGGGCUGCUCGAGGCUUGGCUGAACAACGUGGGCACCGUCGAAUUGUCGAGCUCCCCGCUCGAGUCGGCCGGGGAGCUGCGCGACUUGUUCUGGACGAGGAGCGGCAUCGAGCGCCUAAACACCGACACCUUCCGGGGCGCCCCGAGCCUCGAGAACCUCGAUCUCGGUGACAACCGGCUCGAGAGGCUUCCCACCGAGAUUUUCCACCCCCUCGCCAAGCUAAAGAGGCUCAAUCUCACGGGCAACGCGCUCCUCGGCCUGCCCAGGCAUCUCCUCCAAGGCCAGAGCCGACUCGAGGUCCUCUGGCUGGCCAACAACCGCAUAGCCGUGCUGCCCUUCCAGGCGUUCGAGCCGACCCGCAGCCUCGUCCGGCUGGACUUGUCGGGUAAUUUGCUCGUGUCGCUGCCCGACCACAGCUUCCGACCUAACCGGGCGCUGCGGGAGCUUAGGCUCUCCUCGAACCGGCUGACGAGGCUGCCGCCCCAGCUGUUCUCGGGCUUGGUCGAGCUGCGGGUCCUCGAGCUCGACGGCAACGAGAUAGACCACGUGCCCCGGGGCUUCUUCGCCGAGCUGAGCAAGCUCGAGUGGCUCGAUUUGAGCGACAAUCCAAUCUCCCAGCUGAGCGGUAGCGCCUUUCACGGGCUACACAGCCUCGGCUGGCUCAAUCUCGGUGGCACGGGCUUGAGCUCGCUGAUGGUCCCGGGCCUGUGGUUGGCCACGCCAAGGCUCAGGAGUCUCCUGUUGGCCAACACGCGGAUCGAGGUGUUGCGCGAGGGCGAGCUCGCCCAUCUGGGUUAUCUGCAGAGCCUCGAGAUCACGGACAGCCGGCUGAGGGAGAUCAGGCCCCAGGCGCUGCUCGACACGCCCCGACUGCGCAGUCUCAGUCUACGGGACAACCAGUUGAGCUUUUUGCCCACGAGCUUGGCCCAAUUGACCGAGCUUCGGCACAUCGAGCUCCAGGGUAACCCGUGGGCGUGCGACUGUCGGACCUUUUGGUUCGUGCGCUGGGCCGAGGAGCACGUGCCCCACAGCGCCGCCUUUCGAAGCGGACUGCGCUGCGAGCACGACGUCGCGGGUAGCGCCGUCGAGACGGAACAGGCGCUCAGUUACUUGAAUUGCACGCCACCGACUCUGUUGAGGGUCAGUCCGACCCAGCACUGGCUCAUUCGCGGCGAGGUGGUGCUCGAGUGCGAGUUCGGCGGUAAUCCACUGCCAUCGCUGACCUGGGUGACGCCCGGGCUGAGGGUCUUCCACUGGAAUCCCGACCCCUCUUUCCCCGAUGUCUUUGUCAAUCACCUACGAGUCCACGAUUACGAGGGUGGACCUAGAGGUGGUAGUGCCAGCGUGGAAGACGACGAUGACAGAAUCCGACUGCUGGAGAACGGCUCGUUGCACAUACGGAGACUCCUAAGGGAGGACGUGGGCGUCUACAAGUGUUUCGCCGUCAAUCCCAUAGCCAACGCCACGAGCCACGUGACCCUCCUCAUGGAUCCCAUCUCGUACUACCACAUCAAGAUCUUCAGUAUUAUCGUGGGGGCAGCUAGCGCGGCAGGCUUUCUCCUGAUAACUUUGCUGGUCCAGCUGAUACGAUACAUACUCUCGAGAUGCGGGUGUCCCAAGUGGUGCCUGUGCUGCCGUCACGUGGGCGUUUCGCCACGGGCCAAGCAGAUCUACCAGAUGCUGGACAACAUCGAGACAUACAAGAGCCAACAGCUCGAGCGUCUGCGCGAAAAUUAUACCCAGCAGGUACACAGGAUCAAGGACAACUGCGCUCAGCAGGUCGAGUGGAUCAGGGACAGCUACGAGGGCCAGAUGCAGCACAUACGCGACAUUCGCGACUACGGCACCAGCCAUCUGACUACUUUGCGCGACCAGUAUUACGAUCAGGUGAGGCGGGUACGCGACUACUCCACGGGCCAGCUCAACUGGGUGCGCGAGAACUACGUCUUCCAGCGUAACAAGAUCCGGAAGUUCAGCACCCACCAGGUCCUUCGUUUGCGCGAGUCUUACAAGUUCCAGCAACAGACCCUCAACAAAGUGCUCGAGAAUCUUCCGAACCUUUACCUCGACAACUGCCGCAGCGGUUCGGCGUGCGACCGCUCGGAAUCCGGAGUCUUUGACGCCGAGGACGGGUCUUUCCUCGCGACGGACGUAGGCGGCCAGGUCGACCCCUACCUAAAGGCCAGAAUUGACGAAUUGGUUGCCCAGUACACGGCUAGCUUCGACGACAUCAACAGCGAGUACUACACGCCCACCGGGCCGUCCUCUUGCAGUCCGCGUACAGCUCCAAAUGCGUUCCUCCAUCUGGAAGGCGUGCCCGUGAUCAACUACAUCGACGAUCGGCCGCCCAAGCCAUUGCUCGCUCUAGCCAAGCCGGUGGUCGUGGUGGCUGACCCGUGUUGCAGUUCCACGGUCGAGGUAGUGAUAGCCGAGCGCGCAGACGAAUUCGGUAGCUCGUCGAGCGUGGACCGACCCGUUUUCCGGGGCACCAGUGCCGAAACUGUGGCCGGAAACGACAGGGUCAACACGCCGGAGAUCGUGGGUUUGCCGAUGCCCAGCAUCAGUCUACCUGAUCUGCCGCGCGAGACGAGGCUCUGAGAUUAUUGGUGGUGGUGUUGGUGUUGGUGGUGGUACUAUUCUUCUGUUGAUCCUUUGCUUUCGGUUGACAAUUAUGAUAAUGAACUACUGACAGUGCGGCAGUUGAAUUUUCUGUUUGUUUUACGCUAUUGUUGUUGAUCCAGUGAAAUUAUCAGCAUACGAUGAUGAUGAUGAUAAGUACCUGAGUCGAAGUGUACAAAGCAAAGGAAAAAACGAGGAAAACCGAAUAACGUGUGUGAUAAAAUAGAAAAAAUAAAUAAUAAUUACGAAGAUAAACAUAAAUAAAUAAAAUAAUAAUAAUAAAAAAGUGCAGUUUUGUUGUUCUUGAUUGACAGUGUGCUACGAGUUUGUUUGUUUUUCUUUUAAAAAAGUAAAAACGACAGGAACGCCGUGAUGAUACUCGCUCACUUUCAUCCUC